CUCACACAGCAUCUCAAUCCCCUGGCUGUGCUGAGCCAGAGAGCACUGAAGCCUUUAUUCACACGGAGGAUUUUAGCUGUCGCUGCUCAUUCACUUGGCGAGGCCAUUGAGUCCCAGAAGAAUAGCAUCCUUUCGGCCAGGUUUGCCGUGGACUGCUUGUUUAUUUUUUCCCUUCUUUCUUUGUUUUCCUUGACUGUUUUUUCUUUCUCCUUUGUGCUGGAGAAGACUCUUGCUUGGACUGGAUCGUUAUUCCUAUUCCCUGCUCCUGACUCUUCACUGAGGGCCGUCAUCGUAAGUGUUGUUGUCGUCGCAGCAGCUAUCAGCUGAGUCACCAUGUCUGAUCUGACUCCCCAGAGCGAAGCCCCCACCCCCACUACAGACAAGAUCACACAGGCUGCCAGAGAGACCAUCUACCUAUGCAACUUCCGUGUGUCGGUGGAUGGCGAAUGGCUGUGCCUGCGCGAGCUCAACGACAUCUCGUUAACGCCAGAUCCCGAGCCGGCUCAUGAAGACUCAUGGGAGGAUUUCACAGAUUUGGUGGAGCAAAUGCAAAUGCUUGAUGAGUUUAAAGAUCCCAAGGAUCCCAUUGCCAUCGAGAGGCUUAACCUGAUGAACAUGGCCAAGCUGAGCAUCAAGGGCUUGAUUGAGUCUGCACUGAACCUGGGUCGCACACUGGACUCAGACUAUGCCCCACUGCAGCAGUUUUUUGUCGUCAUGGAGCACUGUCUGAAACACGGACUUAAAAGUAAGAAGACAUUCCUUGGCCAGAAUAAGUCUUUUUGGGGUCCUCUGGAGCUUGUAGAAAAGUUGACUCCAGAAGCUGGUGAGAUCACAGCCAGCGUCAAAGACCUUCCUGGGCUCAAAACCCCAUUAGGAAGAGGCAGAGCAUGGCUUCGUCUGGCCUUAAUGCAGAAGAAGCUCUCAGACUACAUGAAGACCAUCAUCAACCGAAAAGACCUACUAAGUGAAUUCUAUGAGCCCAAUGCUCUUAUGAUGGAGGAGGAAGGAGCUGUCAUCGCUGGGCUGUUGGUGGGCCUGAAUGUCAUUGAUGCUAACUUGUGUAUGAAAGGGGAAGAUUUAGACUCACAGGUUGGAGUCAUAGAUUUUUCCAUGUAUCUGAAAGAUGGCGCGCACAGCAGCAAAAGCACAGAAGGUGAUGGACAGAUUACAGCUAUUCUUGACCAGAAGAAUUACGUUGAGGAACUGAACAGACAUUUAAGUGCGUCAGUGAAUAACUUGCAAGCCAAAGUGGAUGCACUGGAAAAAUCCAACACAAAACUUACAGAGGAGCUUGCUGUGGCAAACAACAGGAUCAUCUCUCUGCAGGAGGAGCUGGAAAGGGUGAAGGAGGAAAGCUCUUACGUAGUGGAGUCUAGUCGCAAGGCAUCAAGGGCAGAUGGUACCGCAAACGGUCAAGUGUUUGGAGAAACUCGCAAACAGCUCAAAGAGGAAACUCAGCUCAGACUGGAUGUGGAGAAGGAGUUGGAGGUGCAGAUAGGGAUGAAGCAAGAGAUGGAGCUGUCCAUGAAGAUGCUAGAGAAGGACAUCUGUGAAAAACAUGAUGCUUUGGUGGAGCUCAGACAGCAGUUAGAUGAAAUGCGUACACUCAACCAUGAGCUCUCCAUUAAGUCACAUAGCUCAGAGGCCGGUGCAAAACAGAAAAGUGACAUCAUCAGCCGCUUGGAGGAGAAAACAAACCAGAUGGGGAGCAUUAUUAAACAGUUGGAGAGCAGAUGUAAGAAGGUGGAACGAGAGCGGGACCUGGCUGACGAGGCCAAUCGACUCUUCAAGCAGGAGUUUGGAGACAAGAUUGAGAGUCUGCAGGAAGAGGUGGAGCAGUUACGGAGACAGAGAUGGCUUUUGGAACAAGAGCUCAGGAAAUGGCGAGAGAAUCCUGGAGGCCACAUACCUGAAGCUCUGUUAGGAAAAACCCCACCUCAGAGAGACAUGAGACAGCAUGUGGAGGACAUCAGAAGGGAGUUAGAGUCUGUUAAAAAAGAAAAUGAUACAUUGCGUACUGCGCUUGAGGAAAAGUCAAGUCCGAGUUCCAGUUUGACGCUGUCACAUGAAGAUGAACAGGACCAGUCUCUUUGUAAAGACACUGACCCUACCAUCUGCCCAAUGUGUGAAAACCAAGACUCUCUGACUACACCCAAGAGGCAAUGUAAGAACUGCAGUGGUGUGUUCUGUGAGAACUGCAUGGCCAAUGAACUUCCUCUGCCCUCCUCCAUCAACCCUGAACACGUGUGUGACGUUUGCUACUCACAGUUACUGCAGCAGUACGCGUCCUCCCCUUCCUGAGGGGGCGCACAUUUCUGAGCACAUAUUAUUCUGGCAGUAGUUGAAUGGGUAAUCCAUGACAAAUGACACAUCACAUUCUAAAUCAUCAAUCAGUACCAGGUAUCUCAGUUAAGCAACAUAUCAGUUAUUUUGUUUGCAUACAACAUUUGCCAAAAAGGGAUUAUUUUUUACAAGCUCUUGUGGGAAAUGCUUUAAAGAUUUUCAUGAUUUCAUAUAAUUCUUGAGGAUGAGUGAAGCUGUCCACCAAGUGGAUUUAUGUGAUUCUAGUACUUGAAUUGUCUCCAUGUCAUUCAUGAUGGCAAGCAGGAUAUACAAUAACAAAAUAGUGACGUAUUAAUAAUAUAAAUAUAUAUAUAUAUGAAUUAGGAGAUGAUGGAUUGUAGACCGGAUAGUGUCAGCUUUUUGAAAACUAUGGCACUAAACAAUGCACAUGAACUAACAUUUUUAACUUUUGAGUCCAAAACUCAUCAGUUGUCUAAGAUACAAUUCAAACAAAACAGCAAAUUAUGGAGCUCGUCACAGAGAAGACCAUAAUUGAAACUGAAAUAAAAUGAAAUUAUGUACAGAGAUAAAAAGGUAGUUUUAUGCUUGUGUAAGAAUGCAUUUUAUUCUUAAUAGCUGAACAAUAAAAUUUUUAUUAUAAU